CAAAUAUAAUUCUGCGUCUAUUUGGCAUCAAAACGGACGUGUCCCCGCCCAUUUGUUGACACUCCGCCGGCAUAUAACUUUUUUACCACCCCCUAAAAACUCCAUUGCUCUGUCUUGCCUUUUUGAUUGACCGCUCCAUAUUUUUGUCGCCGUGCUGAAUUUUCCUCCUGCUGGAGAAAGGAGAAAAAACAACACGAAGAGAAAGAGAGGAAGGUACGGCGGAAAAUAAAGGAGGUGGAGGAAAAAAGUGAAAGAACAGGAGCUUCAGUGGAAAGACGGUGGGGACGGGUUGGGAAGCAAGAAGAGGUUGCGCAAGCGGAGACUUGCCGUUUAUCUGCAGAAGUCCCUGCUUUUGUGUGAAGGAUUUUUUUUUGUUGUUGUUUUCCAUCUGCACAACACAAGGAGGUGACACCAUGACGACAGAAAUGCAGGAGAUCGCCAUCACAGAGGACAAGCCGUUACUCACGGGACAGGCUGACGCCGUCAAGGAUGCAGAACUGGCUGCUAGGAUACUCCUGGACCAAGGACAGGAGCACAGUGUCGAGACCCCGUAUGGUGUCCUGCACGUGACCCUGCACGGCUCGCGGACCUCCCGCAGGCCUGCAAUCCUCACCCUGCACGACGUGGGUCUGGACAGUAAGAGCUGCUUCUCCCCUCUGUUCAAGUUCGAGGAAAUGCAGGAGAUUGUGAAGAACUUCACCCUGAUUCAUAUUGAUGCUCCAGGACAGGAGGAGGGGGCUGCUCCCUACCCUGCAGGUUACCAGUAUCCCUCCAUGGAGACCGUUGCAGAGAUGAUCCCUGCUGUCCUGCAGUUUUUCAACUUCCGUUCUGUAAUUGGUGUGGGUGUGGGAGCAGGAGCCUACGUUCUCUCCAAGUUCACUAUUGCAAACCCAGACUCAGUGGAGGGUCUUGUUCUGAUUAACAUUGACAUUAAUGCGCGUGGAUGGAUAGACUGGGCCGCUCAGAAGCUGAGCUCUGUGACAUCAUCCCUCACAGAUCAGAUCAUGUCCCACCUUUUCAGUCAGGAAGAGCUGUCAUCAAACACAGACCUGGUGCAGUCUCACAGAGAGCGUCUCUCCAAAUCUUCUAAACUGGCCAAUGUAGAGCUCUUUUGGAAGACCUACCAAGGCCGCAGAGACUUGAACAUUGACCGCAACAGCACAUUCAAGUGUCCAGUAAUGUUGGUGGUGGGUGAUCAGGCUCCACAUGAGGAAGCUGCAGUGGAGUGCAACAGCAAACUGGACCCAACAACAACCUCAUUCCUAAAGAUGGCUGAUGCUGGUGGCCUUCCUCAGCUGACUCAGCCUGCGAAACUGACUGAGGCAUUCAAGUAUUUCAUCCAGGGCAUGGGUUACAUGGCGUCAUCUUGCAUGACCCGCCUGUCCCGCUCUCGUACCACCUCCCUCUCCUCCUCGUAUUCCAUGGAUGGGUCGCGCUCUCGCUCUCGCACCCUCUCCCAGGGCUCACAGGGCGGCCAGAUGCCUCCCAGCCCCUCCCAAACGAUGGAGGUGUCCUGCUGAAGAGAAUACGAGAAGAAGCAGUUGGAGGGAAAGCGAGAGGAGCGAGUGAGAAUGAGACAGAGGGCAAAGGCAAAAUGGAAGGAAAGGGAACGCUAAGACAUGACAAUAAUGCAGGAACAAGACGAAUGGGUUACUUAUUUGUCACUAAAUAACUCCCGUCAUUCCCCACAAGAGCAGAAUAAGAAUAGAGACAAGCGAGGGGGAGGAAGAGGAAGAUAGAAACCUGUCCACCACAUUAUUCCAGUCAUUCUCCUCACACCCCCUUCCAUCUGAAAGCAAAGUGGGUUGGGUGGUUCAGCCGUAAUUAUGAUAUGUACUGGCCAGACGAGAUUUAUAAAACUGGGGGAAGGUGGGUCCUUACUCCCUCCCUCAUUUGGAGCCUCUAUCAGCCAAUAGAGCCCUUUAAUUUAAAUAGCUGUGUCCUAUAGAGGCCGCACUUUAACCAAUAGUAAUAAUUCUGAAAAGGGAAUUGUGGUUGACGCUGAUGAUCAUGUUGCUAAUGGUGACGACACCGAAACGAAAAUGAAAUAGAAAAAAAACAGUAACACUUUUCUCCUUAUUACGCAGUGAGUGUAAAAUGACAAAUAAAAAAAAACAUAAUAUAGCAGAGAUACUUAUACUAGUGUGUGUCUACUACUUUUCAAAUUAGUUUUUGUUGUGUAAUUUUUGUUUCGGUAAUCAAAAUUUUAUUUUCUUAUAUGUAACCUGCCUCAGCAAGGAGCUGAAGCCACCGAUUGGUUGAUCCAUCCUGUGACGCCGGCCAAUAAGAGCCGCUCCCUCCUUGUUGUUGCCAGGUUGUUUCUGUCUUCCAUUUGCCCCGUCUAUCAGUGGCUGUUUUGUUUUCCCAUUGGAUUUGAGAUGAAUAGGAAGCUUUCACUUUUCACUUUUUUUUUUCUUUUUCUGAACUGGUUAGAAGUUGCAGGUCUGGUUCAACCCAUGUGAAUAUUGACCGGAUACAUUUUUUUUCUUUUAUAAUCUGCUAACGAGGAUUUGGGCGUGUGUGUGUGCUGUUUUGUUUGCGUGGAGUGUUUAGCGAACUUGGUGGUCGACAGGUAAGCGUAGGUGAGACUGAGGGUGUUUGCGUGCUUUCUAGUAGCUAGCUCGCACCCUAUUAACACUAGUCGCUCACUAUAUAGUGCUUCCAACUUUGCUGGCAAUCUGGCACUACAGGUCCCAAUAUCUAUGCUUGCCUGCUACUCACCACAGUGGGUUUCUUCGAUGAGUAGCAUGCUAGUAGGGAUACCACAUGUCAGUGCUGAGCAUGGCCAGAAGGGAUCACUGUGUUUAUCAUCUGGGUUGUAAAUCUUUUAGCCUUGCCUGUGCAUGGAUACCUCCUAACAAACCCAGCUAGCAUACUUGAGUCUAUGUGCAUUGUGAGGUAGAAUGAACACACGCUCCUCUCCGGCAGCAAGCAAGCUUUUAGUCAAGCAACAGGGUCAAGGAAUUUGCGUUUGCAUGUGAUCGUUACGAUACGCGUGUCCAAGGAAGCAAAUGUAGGUCGUACGGAAAGGGUUGUGCAUUGUGUGGUGGAGUCGAGAAGGCCACUGGCCCAGUGGAGAAGGUGAAUAAUCAGUUCUGAGACCAACAAAACUCCCUGUGACUUAGCAAUGACAACGAACCAGCCCCUUCACUGCCACCAAUCUCAAGGGCUGCAGUCAUGUGAGGACAAUGUCAUAAGGGGCAACAAAUCUUGCCUUAUUUUUUGUUUUGAUAGUGAAAUCCAAUCAGCCAGAUCACACUGUCAAUGAGCUACUGCCAAAACUAAAAGGUCCAAAGUACAAAGGGUACUUUUGUCAUGAACCUGUCAUAAGCUAAAACUGCGCCUGAUAGGAGAAUUUCUGACAUCUAAAUUGAUAAUAUUUCAAGGGUAAAUCCAGAAAGUGUAAAGCUAACCACUGCCCUGUGAUGUGUAGCCAUAGGACUGAGGACGUUUGGACCCAGAUGAGUAUCAGAGAAGCAUAUGUUUCAGAGGCAUAUUUUUAUGUCACCUCUGUGCACACGCUUGUUUUCUGAUGCAGAUUUGCAUCUGGUUAUUUUUCUUUAAUAAGCGGUAUCACUCUCAUGAGCCACCUGGAGAUCGCCUGUUUCUUUUACGUGAAGUUGCAUGCUCCUUUAAAGUUGGAGCCAUGAUGUGGACGGUGAUGCCAGUGGAGGGCCAUUGAUUUGAGCUUAGGAUGGAUUAGUGCUCUAGUCUAGCUAACGUAUGGAUGUGAAAUGAGAUUAAACAAAGAUGCAGCCAUGUUUUAAGCACUUUGGUAACUGUUAAUGGGGUUGAAAUUUAAAAUGUAAAUGUUUUGCUCCCAGGCUAAAAUCAAUCUAAAUCAGACAUGACAGCUUCUACAGUACCACAUGAUGGUAAUUGAAAAUAGAAAAUAGAAAGAAUAAUUGCCAAAUAAGGAAAGAGAGUGAUGCUUUUGUGGAGUGAUGAGCAGGGCUGUGUGGCUGUAAAUGCUUGUCCAUUUUGUCUCUUGUUUGUUUUUUAAUUUUUACUUUGAUCAUAUUUCUCUUCCCCUCUAUGUUUUGUUUUUGUUUUACCUCUGUGAAGUGUUAGUUUAAUGUCCCAAUGUGCUCAUGAGUUAGUUAACCAUGUGAUAGCUCUUGUGUAACUUUUUUAGCAUUAGCGCUGAUAAGGAAGAAUUAUAUAAUUAACAAUAAAAAAAGAUUAAAGGAAAACAAUACCAUCAGAUUUUCUCGUGUGGCUAAUUUCUCUGUGUAACACAAUGAAUUAAAAAGUAAGCUCAAAUAUUAAUAAAAGUUUAAGAAACA